CGCGCGGACCAUGUAUUUCCUGAGCGGCUGGCCCAAGAGGCUGCUCUGCGGGCCGCGGAGCCCGGCCGAGGCGCCGCUCCACGUCCAGUCGGACCCUCGGAGGGCGUUCUUUGCGGUGUUGGCCCCGGCCCGCCUCAGCAUCUGGUACAACCGACCUAGUGUGUUAAUUGUAACCUACAAGGAGCCAGCAAAAUCAUCUACUCAGUUUGGAUCCUACAAGCAAGCUGAAUGGAGGCCAGAUAGCACCAUGAUAGCAGUGUCAACAGCCAAUGGCUACAUCUUGUUUUUUCAUAUUACAUCUUCAAGAGGGGACAAACACCUCUAUGAGCCAGUGUAUCCCAAAGGAAGUCCACAAAUGAAGGGGAUACCCCAUUUUAAGGAAGAACAUUGUGCCCCAGCAUUAAAUUUAGAGAUGAAGAAAAUACUGGAUUUGCAAGCACCUGUCACAAGUUUGCAGUCUGUGCUGGAAGAUCUUCUGGUUGCUACGUCUGAUGGACUUCUUCAUCUUAUUCAUUGGGAAGGAAUGACAAAUGGAAGGAAAGCCAUUAAUCUUUCCACAGUACCUUUUUCAGUAGAUCUACAGUCAUCUAGAGUAGGUUCAUUCUUGGGCUUUGCAGAUGUGCACAUCAAAGAUAUGGAAUACUGUGCCACACUUGAUGGAUUUGCCGUUGUAUUUAAUGAUGGUAAAGUUGGAUUUAUUACACCAGUAUCAAGUAGAUUUACUGCAGAGCAACUUCAUGGAGUUUGGCCACAAGAUGUUGUUGAUGGAACAUGUGUAGCAGUAAAUAAUAAAUAUCGACUAAUGGCAUUUGGUUGUGCAAGUGGUUCUGUACAGGUUUAUACAAUAGAUAAUACCACUGGAGCCAUGCUGCUAUCUCAUAAAUUAGAGCUCACAGCAAAACAAUAUCCCGACAUUUGGAACAAAACAGGAGCUGUUAAAUUGAUUAGAUGGUCUCCUGACAAUAGUGUUGUAAUAGUAACUUGGGAAUAUGGAGGCCUUUCUUUAUGGAGUGUGUUUGGAGCCCAGCUGAUUUGUACACUUGGAGGAGAUUUUGCUUACAGGUCUGAUGGCACCAAAAAAGAUCCCCUUAAAAUCAACUCUAUGAGCUGGGGUGCAGAAGGCUAUCACCUGUGGGUGAUCAGUGGAUUUGGUUCUCAACACACUGAAAUCGAGGCUGACCUCAGGAGUAUAGUUAAACAGCCCAGCAUUUUGCUGUUUCAGUUUAUCAAGAGUGUACUCACUGUAAAUCCUUGUAUGAGUAACCAGGAACAGGUGUUGCUUCAGGGAGAGGAUCGCUUAUACUUAAACUGUGGAGAAGCCUCACAAACUCAGAAUCUGAAGAGUUCCUCAGCAUGCUCUGAGCAUCCUCGGAGUCGGGAAAAGAGCCCAUUUGCAGACGGAGGUCUAGAGACUCAGGGGUUAAGCACUUUACUUGGACAUCGGCAUUGGCAUGUAGUACAGAUUUCCAGCACCUAUCUGGAAAGCAAUUGGCCUAUACGGUUUUCAGCUAUUGAUAAGCUUGGACAGAAUAUUGCUGUGGUUGGCAAGUUUGGCUUUGCACACUACUCUUUACUCACCAAAAAAUGGAAGCUAUUUGGAAACAUUACUCAGGAACAGAAUAUGAUUGUGACUGGUGGCUUAGCCUGGUGGAACGAGUUUAUGGUCCUUGCAUGUUACAGCAUAAGCAACCGUCAAGAAGAGCUCAGAGUAUACCUGCGAACUUCAAAUCUGGACAAUGCCUUUGCUCAUGUCACCAAAGCACAAGCAGAAACAUUACUGCUUAGUGUCUUCCGGGACAUGGUAAUAGUAUUUAGAGCAGACUGUUCAAUAUGCCUUUACAGUAUUGAAAGAAAAGCUGAUGGUUUGAAUACUACUGCUGGUAUUCAGGUUCUUCAAGAGGUCUCCAUGUCACGCUACAUUCCUCACCCUUUCUUGGUAGUCUCUGUCACUCUGACUUCAGUGAGCACAGAGAAUGGAAUCACCUUGAAAAUGCCACAGCAGGCUCGUGAUGCGGAGAGUAUAAUGCUGAACCUUGCAGGACAGCUUAUCAUGAUGCAGAGGGACAGGUCAGGCCCUCAGAUCCGGGAGAAGGACAGUAACCCUAACCAGAGGAAACUUCUGCCCUUCUGUCCUCCUGUCGUACUAGCCCAGUCUGUGGAAAAUGUCUGGACUACGUGUCGAGCAAGUAAACAGAAACGUCAUCUACUGGAGGCCCUCUGGCUGAGCUGUGGUGGUGCAGGGAUGAAAGUUUGGCUCCCUCUGUUCCCUAGGGAUCACCGCAAGCCCCAUUCCUUCUUGUCCCAGCGAAUCAUGCUGCCUUUCCAUAUCAACAUUUACCCCCUGGCCGUUCUCUUUGAAGACGCAUUGGUCCUUGGUGCUGUCAAUGACACUUUACUCUAUGAUUCAUUGUAUACUCGGACCGGUGCCAGGGAGCAGCUGGAGGUGUUCUUCCCUUUCUGUGUUGUGGAGAGAACCUCUCAGAUAUACCUCCAUCAUAUCCUCCGGCAGCUUCUGGUCAGGAAUCUUGGAGAGCAAGCCCUGCUCCUGGCUCAGUCCUGUGCUGCAUUACCUUAUUUCCCUCAUGUGCUGGAGCUCAUGCUCCAUGAAGUGCUGGAAGAAGAAGCUACCUCACGGGAGCCCAUUCCCGACCCCCUGCUUCCCACUGUGGCGAAGUUUAUCACUGAGUUCCCCCUCUUCCUACAAACAGUUGUACAUUGUGCCAGGAAGACUGAAUAUGCUCUCUGGAAUUACUUGUUUGCAGCUGUUGGAAACCCCAAGGACUUAUUUGAAGAAUGUUUGAUGGCUCAGGAUUUAGACACAGCUGCCUCCUACCUUAUUAUUUUACAGAAUAUGGAAGUCCCAGCAGUAAGCAGACAGCAUGCUACCCUUCUGUUCAACACAGCACUGGAACAAGGCAAGUGGGACCUGUGUCGACACAUGAUUCGAUUUCUUAAAGCCAUUGGUUCUGGAGAAUCUGAAACACCUCCUUCCACACCUACAGCUCAGGAGCCCAGCUCAAGUGGUGGAUUUGAGUUCUUCAGGAAUCGGAGCAUCAGUUUAUCCCAGUCAGCCGAAAAUGUUCCUCCUGGUAAAUUCGGCUUACAGAAAACACUGAGUAUGCCAUCUGGUCCUUCUGGGAAAAGGUGGAGCAAAGACAGUGAGUGUGCUGAGAACAUGUAUAUUGACAUGAUGCUGUGGAGACAUGCUCGGCGUCUCUUGGAAGACGUGCGGUUAAAGGACCUUGGCUGCUUUGCAGCCCAGCUAGGCUUUGAAUUAAUCAGUUGGCUGUGCAAGGAACGUACCCGAGCCGCCCGGGUUGACAAUUUUGUGAUAGCCUUGAAGAGACUCCACAAAGAUUUCUUGUGGCCACUCCCCAUUAUCCCAGCCUCUUCUAUCAGUUCCCCUUUCAAAAAUGGAAAAUACAGAACAGUGGGAGAGCAGCUGUUAAAGUCUCAGUCAGCUGACCCUUUCAUAAACCCGGAUAUGGAUGGUGGCAUAUCUAAUAUCCAACGAAGUCAGAGCUGGCUCAGCAACAUUGGUCCCACCCAUCGUGACAUGGACACAGCCUCAUCCCAUGGACCACAAAUGCAAGAUGCUUUCCUAUCACCAUUAUCUAAUAAAGGUGAUGAAUGCAGCAUUGGUUCAGCCACUGACUUGACUGAAAGUAGCUCCAUGGUGGAUGGGGACUGGACAAUUGUGGAUGAAAAUUUCUCCACACUCAGUUUGACUCAGUCUGAGCUAGAGCACAUCUCCAUGGAGCUGGCAAGUAAAGGGCCUCAUAAAUCCCAGGUCCAGCUUCGUUAUUUGCUGCACAUUUUCAUGGAGGCAGGAUGUUUGGACUGGUGUGUUGUCAUUGGUCUGAUUCUCAGAGAAUCUUCAGUAAUCAGUCAGAUUCUGGGUGUCACCCAGUCUUCAGAGGUGGACAGAGAGAUGUUACAGAACAUAAAGAUGGGGCUACAUGCUGUGGACCGAUGGGCCUCUACAGACUGCCCUGGAUAUAAGCCAUUUUUAAAUAUCAUUAAGCCACAACUGCAGAAGCUCAAUGAAAUAACCGAAGAGCAAGUCCAGCCUGACACCUUCCAGCCAGUAACAGUGGGUAAGACUGCUGAACAGACCAGCCCCCGGGCAGAGGACAACAGGGGCUCUUCCAGCCAUGGAGGCAUCCCUCAAAGCGAGAAUGGGGGUAGCAGCAUGGUCAGCCGGAAAGAGGAGGACACAACUCAAACAGAUGAAGAUGAACCAUUUCGGGAUGGGGCUUAUGACUGUUCUGUGUCCUGACAAUGGUGAGCAACAUCACAACAGGCAGUAUUAAUUAGCAGCAGCGUGCAACUGAGUACACUAUGCUUGAAUGAUUGAACAGGGAAAAGAACUCGGGUCAGAAACUCUUUGGUAAAGUAUUACAUUUUAAUGAACUCUUCCUAUAAAUCUCUUUGACUCCACAAAAAAAGUGAUAUCAAAUAACACAUCGUUCAUAAGAAAAUUUUAAGCUGCAGUAGAAGGGAAUAAAGAAUAUUAUAUAGAUGUAAGCAUAGAAUAUUUUGGUUUAUCCACAGGUUAGUAGCUCUUAGAGAAAUUAUUUUUCCCUCAGGUAGACAUACUUUUACACCAUGUAAAGCUUGUUUGCCAUCCGGUAUGUGUCUAGACUGCUGGUGUUUUGUUUUGGUGGGGUUUUUUAUUUGUUUUUUUUUGUUUUUUUUUUUUCCUUUUUUCUGUUCUUUUAAAUAAAUGCUAAGGUGCUUGCUGUAGCUCAUCAGGUACCUGAGCUACUUGUUUGCUUCCUUGGAUAGAGUUUGAGGACUCCAUAAUUGGUCCCUUAAAUAGAUGCCUACCCUCACACAAUAUGGGGUCAGUGGAUAGAGAUCCUUUGGCUUUGCUACUCUGUUCACUGCCACCCUGGAUUGAUGGAAGCUAUUUACCUGUGAGUUAAUGUGCCUGUUUCAGCAAGCUUGAUUCCUACUAGAUCAGUGUGGGCAGAGGGUGAGGGGUUCUUAUCAAUUAUGCUGACACACCACUAAACUAUUUUGUAUUAAAGACCUGAAUCUUUUUGUGAAUACUGUUAGGUAAAUGUAAAUAUACUCAAAGACGCUGUCCAUAUUUUUAAGGCUUGUAUUCUAAUCUGUAAGGUUUCACGCUGGGUUCUGGAUGACUGUCCUCACUGUUGGAAUAAAGGCAAGACUUGUCCUUCUUUCCAAAAUGAGUGGUCUGCGUAAAGGAAGAAAGGCAUAUUGGCUUAGUUGUAAAGUAACAGAAGUGGUCCCACUGAUCAUGAAGUGAAACAGGUUUUGUGCAAAUUAAUGUAGUUUCUUAUUUAUUGCUUUUGUAAAUGGAAUAAAAAAUGGGCUUUUAUGUAAAUAGACUGUGGGAUCCUGUAUUAUCACAGCUACUAAAAAUUGGUAUGUAAAUUCUUCAUUGUAAAGUUAAAGAUAUUUUAUGUAUUUCUAGACAUGACAAAUUUUACUUUUCAUACAUUAUGAAAGCAGAACUACAUAUUUAAUUGCUUCAGACUAAACACAUAUCCACUGUAUGUAAUUCUAAUUAAUAACAGUAUUAAUUUAGAUAGCUUGUUUGUACUGUGCAAUUUGAACAAGGAAUGCAAUGUUAUUUUUUACAAAAUCUUGUUUAUUUUUAUAAUAACAGUAUAUUUGAUGUGGACCAAAUUCGUACCACUAUGUAAAACAACCUCCCUUCUCAUAGUGAAAAUGUAGUUUAGGAAUACAGCUCAGCCUUCUAUUCUUCUUAAAGAGGUAGAUCUAGUUGUCUUAGCCACCUUCCUUUACAGGAAACUCAAAAUUGUUUUGAAAUUACUUAUUUCAAAAUUCACCAACUAUUUAAAAUUACUGCAUUUGGUAAUUUCCUGUUAUUUACUUUUUACUUUAGAAGUGCAAUAAUUUCACAUAAUAAAACUCCUGAAUGGGUGAAAUAUGUGAAUAUUGGUACCUGGUCCUUCUGGUGCUACUUUUAUUUAAGUCUUUGUCUCAAACCACCGACCUGUCUCUGAAUUUUAAAAUAGAAAAUGUUUCCUACAUAAGUACAUUCAGUGCAACAAAAAAACUAAACUGAAAUUUCUUCUGUCUUAUUCCAUUAGAAAGAACCAGCAUUUCCUUUUGUAUUUAGUCAAUUUCUAGUGUGAAUAUUCAGUUAAUAAAAAUUACUUACCAUUAUGAGCAGCAGUGGUCUUUUCAGAUGUCUUAAAUAAAGCACUGUGCUGCUGAGUUAUCUCAUUUUGGGGUGGGAGUAGGGCAAUACUGAGGAUUGAACCAGGGCCUCUCCACAUGCUAAGUAAGUGCUCCAGUGAGUUACAUCCCUCUCCCCAUUUUUUUGAGACAGGGUCUUGCUAAAUUGCCCAAGCUGGCCACCAUUUUGUAACUCCUCAGCUGCCCUAGUCUCUAAGAUUAUAAGCAUGCGCUACUAUGCCAUCUCACAAUUGUAAAAGCAGGGUACCAAUUAGUUAAUGUUACUCCUAUGGUUUAGGCUGGGAAUGAAUUUUUCAUAAAAUAAUGUUCAACUAGUAGAACGAGGAAACACCCAGGCAAUAAAUUUGACAAGUUUAAGAAAAUUUCUUUUUGAUUGUUACAUCAUUUUUGUAAGGAUCAUUGUGCUGUAUUGUUUGGUUCAAAACUCAUCAACUGUAUAAGCCAUAUUUUAAUGAAGUUAAAUAUUCAGCAUAACUAUUUGAAGGUUUCUAUGUACAUUUAAGUUACUUGCUAACACCAAAACAAAUCAUUUGGAGAUUAAAAAAAAAAAAAAAAACCUUUGCUUGUAAUUAAAGUUGCUGCUGCUUCUGUAAUGUGUAUUUUCCCCCCUUGGUAAAGGGUAAUAAAAUCAUUAUGUAAA